AUGUCAAAUGAAACAGCGUCUAUGAGAGAAAUACAACACAACCGACAACUCAUUAUGCAAGCUCUAAAUAAGAACACAACAAACUUUUCAAACUAUUCUAAGAUAUCUGAGUCAUUGAAAGAAGGAAACUUAAAACUGACAUUAAACCCAAUGACAGACGAGUUUCUGUUUCAAGACAACAAGAACAAUACUGUCUGUAUAAAUCCAACAAAAGGAACUUUAAACGAGAAACCUAUAAAUGAACUUCUUUUGAAAGCAGAUGUUGACAACAAAGCUGACAAAGAAUAUGUAGACGAUGCAAUAGCAAAAGAAGAAGAAAGAGCUAACAAUGCUUAUGCAACAAAAGAACAUACUCAUCCUGAACUAGCAGACAAAACAUAUGUUGACAAUAAAAUGUCAAGUGAAGUGACAAGAGCUGAAAACGAAUAUUCUAAAAAGACCCAUAUACAUUAUAUUAACCAAAUACCAAGUCUUAAGGAAACAUUAGAGACAAAAGCAGAUAAGACUCAUACACAUUUUAUAUCUGAUAUUACAAACUUACAAGAAACCUUAAACAGGAAAAGUGACGUUGGACAUACACAUACCAUUGCAAAUAUUACAAACUUACAAGAAACCUUAAACAGGAAAAGUGACGUUGGACAUACACAUACAUCUUCUGAAAUAACAGACUUAAACGUUAGCCUUGAAAAUAAAGCAGAUAAAACAUAUGUCAAUGAAAUAUACCAAAGUUUGAUAGGAACAAAAAAUAUUGAAACUAUUGUUGGUGACUUUUCUGUCAAUGAAGAAAAUAAAUAUUUUAGAUGA